AUGAACUAUCCCACAUUUAAGAGACGCGCACACACCGGCGCAUCCAGGGAAUUAAUUCAAUAAUUCCAACGCUAAUCAUCGCCUGACGGUUCAAUCGCGCCUCGAGCUAACCACUCUCACGUGAGGGACGGAGCGAGACCGGCCCGGGAGCGUGACUGUCGCCGUCGAUGGAAAUUGGAUCUUCAAGGCCGCGUGCUUCUUCUGCUCAUUGUUUUCUUUGAGGCAACCUUACGUCUGGUAGCAUCUGGGACUUAUUACUCAGUCGUACAAGUGACAAGAUAAUUUCCACAGGACCGACUGUUUUCUAGCUAGACUUUCCGAAGUGAUAUUCUGUUACUCCUGCCUCGAUUUUUAUGAUGCUCGCGCAAUCUCGUUUCCUGGGAGGCUUCCUCCUGAUGGUGACGGCCGCCGUGCUGGUGCAUUUUCUUCGGAUAGGGAAGCUGCCUAAGAUUCCGUACUCGGCUUCCCCACACGCCGCCCUCCAAGCCACCAAGGCGCUUCUGCCGGAGGAGAAAGCGUUGCCAUGGUGGGAUGGGGGCGACUGCGGUUGCGAAGACGCCGUCCUCUGCCAUCCCAAAGAAGCUCCCAGACUCUCUUGGGAAGACGCGGGCGGCGCAUGCGGUCUGAGGGCGUGGGCGGCAGGCGAAGGGCAGAGAGUGAUUAGCUUUUCGCUGUAUGGGAACGAUGCCCAGUAUUGGAAGGCGUUUCGAAAGAACCUCGAUUCGAUGAAGACCAUGUUCCCCGGCUGGGCUGCGUGGGUGUACACUAAUCCUCGAGGCCGAGAAAAUGUCCUGUGUCCUCUUCUGCGAGACUACCCUUUCCUCUACAUCUGCGACGUCACCAACCUGCCUUCGCUCGGGGAUGUGACAUCCAUCCACAACAUGAUUUGGAGGGCGCUGCCCCUCGGCGAUGCAAAGCUCUCUGCCUUCUUCGUUCGAGAUUCCGACGCCCUCCUCCUGGAGCGAGAGGCAGAGGCAGUGAAGGAGUGGCUGUCGGAGAACAAGACCUUCCACGUGCUACGGGACCACCCUCACCACACCGCCCCCAUCAUGGGGGGGCUGUGGGGCGCGCGAUGGGACCACGUGGGGGCGCCAGCCAGACACUCGCUCGUGGCACUCAGAGACGCCAUUAUGCGGGUGGCGAGAGGGAGGUUCAGGAAAGGCGCCGACCAGCCGAUGCUGUGGGUCUGGUUGAGCUGCUCAAGCCAGGACCUCCUAGGUCGUCCCACGGGCCUCCUCCACCCAGGAUUGUUUUGCAGAGACAACCUUAUGGGCAGGGUCAUCCGCAGGGAAACGAACUGGGUACCGACAUCUUCAGCUUCUGCUGAAAGGUCAGUCCGUCUUCAUCAGCGUCGUCAUCACAAGCUUGUAUUAAAUGAACAGGUUCCCUUACCAAAAUCUUGGAUCAUAGUCUUGAUCCACAAAGCCUCUAGGCCUAAAGGCUUCGCCUCACUCCUGAAUGCACCAAUGAUUAUUUUAUAA